AUGGCUUCUCACGCUCAAGUCACGCUUCCACUUCCUAUCCUGCCGGAAGGCUGGACUGGUGAAAAAGAUUUCAAAGCUAUCGGUAACCUUUCCGCUGCCACGCAACGAAGUAUCGAACCUGUUGGACCUCACUUCCUAGCACACGCUCGCCGUGCCCGCCAUAAGCGUACCUUUUCUGAAGAUGACCGAAUUCAAGCACAAGAAAAUGCGAAGAAGGUCGAGGAGGAUGAUUCUGGAGAGAUCAGUGAACCCGAGGACCCAAUGAUGUUGUCCCGCGACGCAAAAGACUGGAAGUCACAAGAUCACUAUGCUGUCCUUGGUCUCUCGAAAUACCGUUACAGAGCGACCGAAGACCAGAUCAAGCGCGCCCACCGCAAGAAGGUCCUUCGUCAUCACCCCGAUAAGAAGGCUGCAGCUGGAAGCACUGAAGACGAUAGCUUCUUCAAGUGUAUCCAGAAAGCUACCGAAGUUCUUCUCGACCCAGUCAAGCGUCGCCAAUUCGAUUCCGUCGACGAGAAUGCCGAUGUGGAACCACCAACCAAGAAGCAGGCGAAGGAUGGAGACUUCUACAAGCUAUGGAGUCGAGUCUUCAAGGCUGAGGGACGUUUCUCCAAAACCCAGCCUGUUCCAAAAUUCGGCGACAAGGACAGCACCCAAGAUGUCGUUGAUACCUUCUACAACUUCUUUUACAACUUUGACUCAUGGCGAUCUUUCGAGUACCAGGAUGAGGAUGUUCCUGACGACAACGAGAACCGAGACCAGAAGCGCCACAUGGAGCGCAAAAACAACAACGCUCGUAAGAAGAAGAAGAGCGAGGACACUGCUCGUCUACGUAAAUUGGUAGAUGAUGCGAUGGCUGGUGAUGAGCGUAUCAAGAGAUUCCGUCAGGAAGCCAAUGCAUCUAAAAACAAGAAGCGACUCGAUAAGGAAGCCGCUGAGAAGAAAGCCAAGGAGGAUGCUGAAGCUGCUAAGGCUUCUGCUGCAAAGGCUGCUAAAGAGGCAGAGGAGAAGGCCAAGGUCGAUAAGGAGCAGGGCAAGAAGGCAAAAGAGGCUGCAAAGGCUGCCAUUAAGAAGAACAGACGUGUCAUGAAAGGAAGUGUCAAGGACGCCAACUAUUUCGUCACUGGCGCUCCUCCCGCCUCUAUCAUUGAUUCUGUCUUGAACGAUGUUGAGCUCAUUCAAGGAAAGAUUGAUGCUGAUGAGACCGCCGCUCUUGCCGCCAAAUUGAACGGUCUUAAGGUUGCAGAUGAGAUCAAGGGCGUCUGGUCAGGUGAGGUGAAGAGACUUGUUGAAGCUGGUAAGAUCAAGGACGGAGACGCUAAGGGUCUCGCUUAG